AUGUCUUUUCCUGAACAUUACAGCCGCUUCCUUAUCGCCGAGCGGCCGAACGACAUCAUUACGCCAGAGACGUUCUGCUUCGAGACUGUUCCAUUCAGUCUUCAGCCUGGCAAAGGGGAAGUCCUGGUACAGACACAAUAUUUGUCCAUUGAUCCUGCUCAGCGCCUCCUUCUUAAUGCGGAUCGAGCAUACAGGGAGCCACUUGAACUCGGUACGGUAAUGACUGCUAUUGGCCUUGGAGUCGUACGCGAAGUCGGUGAGAGUGUCUCGUUGGUCCCUGGAGACAUUGUCAGCGGUAAUCUCGGUUGGACGGAGUACAUCGUUUUUGAAGAAAAAGGCCUACAGAAAAUAGACGUUCCCCAGGGCGCACAGGUGUUGGAUUUCCUGGGUCCCUUGGGCCAUAUCGGGAUUACUGCUGUAAUCGGCUUAUUGGAUUAUGGGCAGCUAAAAUUGGGCGAGACUGUACUCGUCUCUGGUGCUGCUGGUGCAGUCGGCACUAUUGUGUGUCAGCUUGCUAAAGCGCGCGGUGCCAAAGUAUACGCCAUCGCUGGUUCUGCGGAGAAGUGCGCGUACCUCGAGAAGGAAGCAGGUGUCCAUAAAGCUCUGAACUACAAAGCACCGAACUUCAAGGAGGAGUUCUCCACAAUCGAGACCUUUGACAUAUUUUUCGAUAAUGUCGGCGGUGAGAUUCUGAACCUUGCUUUGACAAAGAUGAAUCUUCAUGCCCGAAUCAUUAUCUGUGGCGCUAUCUCUGGAUAUAACGGCCAGGAGACACCACCUCUGACAACAUACCGUAGUUUACUGCCGAAGCGUGCCAGAAUCCAGGCAUUCAGCUUGAUGGAUGAAGCUGCUCGGUUCUCAAGUGCUCUGCAAGUUUUAAUUGGAGAGUUUCAGAAAGGCACUUUGCGCCAGAAGUACCACAUUCUGGAGGGGCUUCCCUCAGCACCUAAGGCAUUAGACAUGUUGUUUACCGGAGAGAGUAACGGAAAAUUAAUCGUCAAAUUGUGA